AGACAAUCACCAUAUCCCAUCUUGUACCAACAUAUCCAGCGAAUAAUCAACUGCAUUCUUUCUUCUUCAGCCCGUCACUUGCAUUUCCCGCGUAUACCCAUUACAAUACAGCAUUUCUGUUCCAAACAAUGUCUCUGGCUCAGGAAUGGGAGUCGCUUAAAACACUCCCCAAGAAAGACGUCAAGCCAUCGCCAGAAAUAGGGGCCAAGGCUCCCACGCAUCCGAAUCUCACACUACCGAUCGACAAGCCCACAAUCAUUGCUUUUCUGCGGCAUUGCGGCUGCCCUUUCGCCGAAAAAACUUUCAAGUCUCUCGCCAAGCUCUCCAACGACUACAAAGACAUAAACUUCGUCGCUGUCUCGCAUUCCUCGUCCGAGGCCACGGAGCGCUGGGUCGUCAAGGUUGGCGGCAACUGGGACGUGAGCGUCGUUAUUGACGAGGAGCGCGACCUCUACUCGCUGUUCGGGCUCGGCCUAUCGACAACUUGGCAUCUGAUGAACCCCAUCUCCCUCUACAACACGCUUCAGCUCGGCAAAAAAGAGAAUAUCUGGAAUCGUCCCACCGAGAGCGGUUCGCGCUGGCAGAUGUCCGGUGCCUUCGCCAUCGAUGAGAGAGGCUACGUCAGGUGGAAAUCCAUCGCCGCACGGUCCGACGACAUGCCCAAAUGGGACGCCGCUAUUCAAAGCGUUGGCGUCACCCCCAAGCCCAAACCACCACCACCUGUCCAAACGCAUGGUUUCUUGUGAGGCAACGGAAAAUAUGGAGAACAAGAUGGGGAAGAAUGUUGGCUUUUUCCAGCAGAACGACAAAUUUAUCGUGCUGGGCAUUGACUGUACACUAACUGCCAGGAAGACAGAGCAGCACCCAAGCACGCAAAACCAUGUGAAGCCUAGGCUAUGCGGCGUUUGCUAGGAAUUGCGGUUUGUAUCAAAUUUCAAUUGUAUAUCUUUCAUCUAUAGCUAUGCAAUAGCCGGACUCUAUCGGCUAACACCAACCGGUCUUUGCCAGUGAUGUGGCCGGUAUUACAUCACACAUAAUUAACGAAGCAUAAUAGCGAUAGAUAGCACGCGAGGUUUCUAUCUCGAUGAUUACACUAUAGUAUAUUUCACCAUUUUGGAUCUACAUGCAAAUGGUAACGCGUGGCUUAUCAAAUGUGGGACAUGUCAGCGCUUUCACUUUAACUUCAAUUCUUAGUUAAGGAAGACACAAAACAAUCCGUUAGGUUUAAGAUGGUAGCAAAGUUAUUUAGAACAUAU